AGGAUGAUUUUUAAAUUUAAAGGUGGGAUGGGCUUACCGCUUACGGCCAUACGGCGCUCACAUUUUCACAUUCCAAAACACAACCUGCAAUCGUUCAGCCUGUCUAUUUAUGAUGGCUGGCUGCUCCAAAGGCGACUGCAUUAUGCAGGUGGUGCGAAUUUUUGUGCAUUUGCUGGCGGCCUCGAUGUUCGCCUACAGCGUUUACUAUGACUGGAAUUUUGUCGUUAUUCCACCCGAAGUCAGCCCUUUGUCCGGAGGUUACGGAGGAAAAUUCAAAUACCUCACAUUUUGGGAUGCUGUGAUUCAAACGCUGUUCUUCACCCUGUGCGUCUUCAACGACUUUCUGGGCAGCAAUGACAUUGAUCCAAAGCCAAAGCCUCUGCUCAGGAAAAUCAAAGAUUAUGUCCAAGUCACAAUUGAAUUUCCAGUCGCAAUGUUUGUAGGAAUCACCUUUUGGGCCCUUUAUGCUGUCGACCGGGAGCUGGUUUUCCCCACAGCUAUAGACCCUUACUUCCCUAACUGGCUGAACCAUGUGAUGCACACCAAUAUUGUAGGAUUCGCUGCCUUGGAAAUGGCAAUCACAUGCAGACGCUACCCGAAUAGGUCUAAGGGCCUUACCGGUCUUCUUGGGUUCAUGCUUGUCUACCUCUCAUGGGUGUUUGUGAUUUACAACAAGAGCGGACGAUGGGUGUACCCUGUGCUGGCUGUUCUGAACUGGGUCCAAAAGGGAAUUUUCUUCCUUGUACUUUUGCUUCUUGUUACGGGUCUGUACUUGCUUGGUGAGCAACUCAACAAUUCCAUUUGGGCAAAACACUUGAAACUGGACCAAAGCCCUAAGAAGUCAGCCAAGAAGGUCAAAUAAAUAGAUGUUGAAAAUGAUGACCUGCCACUACGUCAAUAGCAAUAAUAAGUUAAAUUGUUAUAUUUUGUUAAUUUUUUUGAUAAAUAUGAAAAUUUGUUGUUCAGUCAAUGUUAAAUUGCUAUGUAGGUCAAAGAUUGAUGUGAUUUAUUGUGAAUUAAAAUUUGCAUGCUGAUAAAACUAGAAACAUUCCUUA